CCUCGAGAGAGUUGCGAAAUGCAGCCGAAACGCAGCAGGGCUUGAAUGCAUCGCCUCAUCAUCAUCAUCCUCAUCAUCAUCAGCUGAAUUACCAUCAUCUGGAGGACCAAGACCAUCGAAGACAUCACGUCGGAAACAUCGAUGAAAGCGGUGAGUAUGCAUCUGCACCAAAUGAUGCACCCACGCAUGAAGACCACCACCACAACCACAACCAUCACCAGCACCACCACGAACAACAACAACAACAACAACAAGAACCACACCAGCAGCAGCAACAUUUCCGACGAGUGCCAAUAAACAACCCUCGAUCUACAGGCUUAUCUUUGCGGGACAAAGUGAUGACGCCGUCAUCAUCAGCCGACCAGCAUGCUGAAGAUGAGUCUGAUCAGCGUCCAGCAGCAGCAACCGGCGCCACAUCAUCAUCAUCAUCAUCACUAACACACCCCAACCCCGGCGCCUGGGGCAUUUCCGACGUGCAGGACCAAGAAUUCCUCGCCUCGUAUUUGCGAGAUGCCAAGGCGAAUUUCGGACACCGUUUACAAGACGGCGAAGAUCAUCAUCAUUAUCAUCAUCGGGAGGCGGAGACAGAGUCCGAAGAUGGGUGGCGGCAUCGGGCGGCGGCGUCCGCCUCCACCUCCGCCGCCGCCGCCGCUGCUGCUGCUUCCAGCAGCAGCUUGUAUCUGCAGCAAGGCUUGGCGGGUUUCAUAAGGACGCCGCAUUUGCCGGCUACUUGGUACACUGCUGAGACUCACGAGCCUGUCAAAACUGGGCCAUUGUUGGAAAGGCAAUUAUCAGAUGAGGACCAUCAUCAGCAAGAGGAAGAACAAAAGGAUAACGGGACGCUUCUUUUUUUCCUUCGCGAUAACAAUGGCAAGGAUGACGAGAACAUCAAGGACAAUGAUAGAAGGAGGGAUCCAAAAGUGUUUUACUCGGACGCCAGUAGGCGGAUUGAGGAGCACUUGAAUGGCGGCUCUGCCUUGUUGGCCCAACACACCCUGGACGUGGAGGCUGACAACCUGGAUGUGCCCUACCAGGAACCCAACUUGGGGUGCCUGUCCUAUGGGUCCCACUUUUGCAGUGUCCAGCAAGACUAUCCCAAGGCCAUCAUGAAGUGGAUCGAUGACAAGUUCGCCACAAUCCUUUCCAACUUCUCGCUGCCCAGUACGCCUGAGCUGGAAGCAGGCGGUCCUCUGUUCGGUGCCGACCCCGUCCCGCCGGCAGAUGACGCUCCCUGCGAAUCCCGGAGAAGCGAUUUGCAACCCAGCUGGGUUCAGGACGAAAACACUGGUGCCUGGGUACUAGUUGUGCAGACAAUGAGUCUCCAGCAAUGGAUUCGACUUGAUGAGUGCAUGAGGGAUCCAAAAGUGUUUUACUCGGACGCCAGUAGGCGGAUUGAAGAGCACUUGAAUGGCGGCUCUGCCUUGUUAGCCCAACACACCCUGGACGUGGAGGCUGACAACCUGGAUGUGCCCUACCAGGAACCCAACUUGGGGUGCCUGUCCUAUGGUUCCCACUUUUGCAGUGUCCAGCAAGACUAUCCCAAGGCCAUCAUGAAGUGGAUCGAUGACAAGUUCGCCACAAUCCUUUCCAACUUCUCGCUGCCCAGUACGCCAGAGCUGGAAGCAGGCGGUCCUCUGUUUGGUGCCGACCCCGUCCCGCCGGCAGAUGACGCUCCCUGCGAAUCCCGGAGAAGCGAUUUGCAACCCAGCUGGGUUCAGGACGAAAACACUGGUGCCUGGGUACUAGUUGUGCAGACAAUGAGUCUCCAGCAAUGGAUUCGACUUGAUGAGUGCAUAUCCAAAGACAUAAGCUGUGUUAUGCACUACGGUAAGAUGUCGUCACACACGUCCCUCUUCUGGUCACACGUGGUCAACCAUCGGACCUUGGGCAGAAAUGGGCUUUACGAUAGUAAACGGAUGAACUUCCGCGGCUUGCCAACACAAUGUCACAUACUCCACCAGCACCGCAAUGAUGAGUACUACUCAGACCACCGGCGUCGAUGA